UUGUCCAAAACCCUAAUACCAGCAGAAAAACCUCCAUCUCCACUGAGUCUACUCUCUCUCGCGCACAUACACACACACCCGCGCAGAUACACAUAUAUAGUUAUAUAUAAUCAAAAAUCAAUGGCAUUUACCGGUGGUCGAUUUCGGGAGCUAUUGAAGAAGUACGGAAAGGUGGCAUUGGGUGUACACUUUUCAGUCUCAGCAGCCUCAAUCACAGGUCUCUAUGUCGCCGUCAAUAACAACGUCGACGUCGAGUCCAUACUCGAAAAAGUAGGCGUACGAGGCGUCUCUAAUACCAAUCCCAAAGAAGAAGAAGCAAAAACUCCUACACUGCCACAAACAAACUCCGAAACGAUCGAUGGGUUCGUUCUGGAAGAACCAGUACCAGUGCCUAAUCAAGAGGUUAUGGUUCCGAUGGAGAAGAAGAAGAAUCGAACCGCUGAGUUGGCUGCUUCGAGUGGUGGAGCCCUCGCUUUGGCGGUGUUAUUGAAUAAGGCUCUAUUUCCGGUGAGGGUUCCAAUUACGGUCGCACUUACGCCUCCGAUCGCGAGGUUCUUGGCAAGACGCCGCAUUAUCAAUAACAGUGUAUAACUUUUAUUCGAUUAUCAUUUCAAGUUCUCUCUUUUUUUGCCAUAUUUUAUUGUAAUUUCAAUUCAAGGAAGAGAGAGAUAAUAUAAAUGGAAUUUUCUGGAUUAUCU